UCCUCCCCCGCAGGUCCCGCACCGCUCCGCAGGAGAUGGGCCGCGGGAGGGCGGAGCGCUGAGCCCCGCGGGCGGACGCGAGGCGGCCCUCGGCCCGGCGGUGCCUGGAAUGCGGCUGAGGAGCGAGGAUGGGCACGCAGGGCAGCCCGGUGAAGAGCUACGAUUACCUCCUCAAGUUCCUGCUGGUGGGGGACAGCGACGUGGGCAAGGGAGAGAUCCUGGAGAGCCUCCAGGACGGCGCCUCCGAGUCCCCGUACGCCUACAGCAACGGCAUUGACUACAAGACUACUACCAUCCUGUUGGACGGCAGGAGGGUCAAGCUGGAGCUCUGGGACACGUCAGGGCAAGGAAGAUUUUGCACCAUUUUCAGGUCGUACUCCAGAGGAGCCCAGGGAAUUCUCCUGGUGUAUGACAUCACUAACCGCUGGUCCUUUGAUGGGAUAGAUCGAUGGAUAAAGGAAAUAGAUGAGCAUGCCCCAGGGGUGCCCCGGAUCCUGGUGGGGAACAGACUUCACCUCGCCUUCAAGAGGCAGGUGCCCACGGAGCAGGCCCGGGCGUACGCCGAGAAGAACUGCAUGACGUUCUUUGAGGUCAGCCCGCUGUGCAACUUCAACGUCAUCGAGUCCUUCACGGAGCUGUCUCGUAUCGUCCUCAUGCGGCACGGCAUGGAGAAGAUCUGGAGACCCAACCGAGUGUUCAGCCUGCAGGACCUGUGCUGCCGAGCCAUCGUUUCCUGCACCCCCGUGCACCUCAUCGACAAGCUGCCGCUGCCCGUCACCAUCAAGAGCCACCUGAAAUCCUUCUCCAUGGCCAACGGGAUGAACGCGGUGAUGAUGCACGGCCGCUCCUACUCCCUGGCCAGCAGCGGGGGAGGCAGCAGCAGCAAAGGCAACAGCCUGAAGAGAUCCAAGUCCAUUCGGCCGCCCCAGAGCCCCCCCCAGAACUGCUCGCGCAACAACUGCAAGAUCUCUUAGCAGGACGGCCGCGCCGUGAGCUCGGUGCGCGUGCCCCCCCCCCGCCCCCCGAUGUACAGAUGUUUGCACACUUCACCCUUUCCGACCGGAUCCUUUAGGAUGGGCCUCGGCUGCUUUCCCCGCGGUGCACGCAGGUGUCGGGCAUGUGCUCUCCUUUGGCCUCGCGUGUGAAGCGUGCUGCCGGCUGCAGGGGGGAGAGGACUCUGCCAAGUGACCCUCCAAGAAUGCUUUGGGCUUCACCUCUCGGCCUGGGGUGGAAAAUCCAGCAGCUGACGGGUUGGGGAGGGGGGGAAGGGGAAAAAGCUCGUCCCGUUUCGAUGGAGAAAUGGAUUUAAUGGCAGAUUGAGAGGCUUAAGGGAGUAGGCAAGGAGAGUCAGUGCUGAGACUUUAACUCUUGGACUCCUGAGCGAAUUGCUGGUGCAAUAGUGGUUGUUGGAUGAUGUAGUUAAGAAGUUAAAAAAUAAAAAUAAAAAAAAAAAAGAGGGGGAGGGAGAGGGAACUAGUGACCGUUUUCACCAAGAUGUUAACCUGCUGUUGCCAAAAAGAGGAGGGGAAAAAAAAAAAGUGAAGCUGAAAAAGGUGAGAGCUGGCCCUGAGGAGGCUGAAGGAAGCAGUCUGCUCGCCUUCUGCGUUUAUUUAUGUAAAUAUUAUACAUAUAUAUAUAUAUAUAUCACUUGGUUUUUUAAGGUUUUUUUUUUUUUAAGAAGCAGUCAGGGAAAAAUUUAUGCAGCCAUGUAAAUAAAAGCAGGGGAUUAAUUUAAACCAGUGUCAGCAAGAGGGGCAAAGUGGAGGACGCUAAGAUGAGAAUACACAAAUGCUUCCAGAGACUCUGCCCCGCCGCAGGGGGGGGGUGCGAGGUUUUUGAGUACUGCGUAUGCAGAAGGAAGGAACCACUGGCGCGUUCCAUAGCCCCAAGCUGCUUUACUCUGAUCAUUCCAUAAAGCGUGAGCGCUGAGGGCAGGCUGGGAUUGAAGCGGAGCUGAGGGGGCAGAGCGGAAAGGCUGAGGUGUGGGGUUUGUUCGGGGCAGGGCAGGGGCAGCUCUGAGCCCCCCAGGUGGCCGAUGUCUCAUUCAGCUGCACAGCAGAGGAUGCCGAGCCAGCAGGGACCGAGGAGCAGAGGUUGGAAGCCGUGAGCCCAGAGCAGAGGGAAGACGUGGACUUGUCCUGCGUGGGUGCGAGGCCUCGGCCGUCCCUUCAGAGCCCCAGCUCCGCCGGGCUGUGCUCUCCUGGAUCCUCACGCUGCCGCCCCGUGCUGGCCCUGCAUCGUGGCCUCUUGCUCUGCUUUCCUGUACGCAUCCUGCCAAGCUCGUGGCUCCUCCUGGAUGAAGGCGGGAAGGGAUGAAGCGGCUUUUCCUGCUGGAGCGUGAAGGAGCGGGAGCGGGGCCUCAUCUCCUGUGGGGGUGUGCUCAGCUCGGGGCUGCGGCAGGAAACAGAGCCCAGGGCUCGGCGCCGCGGGACUGCUCCGGAGCUUUGGAGGACGUGAGCUACGCAGCCGGAGCCUGAGACGUGCACGCAGCGUGGGGGAUGUCGAGCAAGGGCCCGCGCAUCCCUGGCUUCGUCCCACGGCCGUGUGUUGGUUGUGCUGCCGGUUCACCUGGAGAAUGAAAUGCCGGUCCUCCCGAAAGAUGGGGCCCGGUGGUGGCACUGAGCUGUGCCAGCGGAUUCCCUCGGGGAGCCGCGCUGCGUGGACUGGGAGCAGCGCAGGGAACCGCUGCCAUCCACGAGGAGGAGAGCGGCGCUGCCAGCUCCGUCCUGCGGCCGGGAGCUCGGGGCCCCUCUCGCGCUGCGGGGUGGGAUGAAGCCGCGGCGCUGCUGCCGGGCUGAUGCCCCUGGGUGCACGCAGCCCCGCUGCGGAACAAAGCCCGGCGCUGGUGGGGGUUCUUGGCUUGGCCCCGGCGCCCUUUAUUGCCCGGCUCAAAUGAGCGAGGAGAGAAUUAAAGCCCGUGCCGAGGCGGGGAGAAGAAUCCUUUGUAGUGGUGAUUUGGCUCAAGAGCAAAGCCGCGGCCGAUUUCGGCACGGAGUCCGAGGGAUUUCCAGAACCUGUCUGAGACGGCCGGCACCUGUUUCCCAUCACUUAACACGCAGCAGAAGACAAUCGCUGGCUCGUUGGCCUGGCAGGCCGGGGAUAUACGGCCGACAGGUGAUGCUGGCCGCCUCCUGCCUGCGCCGCGCGCGGGCACCCGGGCUCCCUGCCCCGAGUCACGGAGCUGCUGCAGGCCCGGAGCUCAUCACGCCCCUCGGCUUGGUUCUGCUUUGGUCCGUGUGCCUCCUCCCGCUCCUUUUGCCCAAAGCUGAUGUGUUUUCCAUCCUGUAAGUUACAAAGAUCCCGUCUGAAGGGAGAACAGAAGAUGGACCCGGAGUGUUUGCUCGGCCAUUUAGUGUUACUAUUUCUUAAUUUAAAAGGAAAGGAGGUUCUUGCAUCUGAUGUCAACACUAGUCUUUAGCUGCUCUCCACCACUUGUACCAUUCCUGAGGGGUUUUUUUGGACUGUCCUUUUAUUUUUGUAUUCCUUUGUACAGUCGGUCAGUGUUGUUCAACUGAUGAUACAUGGUUUUGUUUUAUAUAAAUUAAAGCCUUUUUUGUUUUGAACUGCCAA